AGUGGGAGCGAAUUGCUCUCAGCUCUCAGUCGCCGCGGCACACACGGAGGCAGCAGUUGGUGUCUUGAACGGCAUAGAGAGACAGUGACGGAGGGAACUGGAACUACGGGAAAGGAAAUAAAGGGAGAGAAACAGCAUAACCUUUAAAAAUAAAAGGAAAAAAUAGAACAUAUAAAUAAGCGAAGAAAAUGUUAAGAUGGAUAUCAUACAUUUCAAGAUAAUUUCUAAAGGAAGUGUGUGUCUACGAGCUGCAUUUUGAAGCGGUGUGUGCGGUGACCCAACAUGGCGCUGCGAGGCAUGACCAGACUGAAUUAAUUCCUGGAGUCCGAGGACCGUCGCCACCUGUACCUUUGUACAAUACAAGAAGAUUUAACCUCGCUUUUGGAGCAAGGAAUAUAUCUGUUCGGAUCUUUAACGAUACAUUUGGAAUUCCGAGGAUGUCUUUAUACAACUUUUGCUUUACACACAUUUGUAUCCAACUGGAAAUUCGCUCAGUUUCUUUGGAUCGCUACAAAAGUUCUGACUGCCAUCAGCGAGAAGUGUGAGGAACAGUUAGAAAUACAUUAAAGAUCAGUCUGGUAAAAAUAUACUAGCUGAGCCACAUUUUAUUGCGGGAACCGUUGUUUGGAUCCAGAAGGUGGGCAGAGUUUUGACGGGGAUGUUUGCGCUUCUGUGAAACAUAAACAGGAUAGUGUCUGGUUUGAACUGUUCAAUUCGGAAACUUCAAACUGGGAAAAUAGGCGUGAAUUCAAAGAAAAGAUUUGAUUCUAUACAGAGAUAUUGAACAUUUUCAGAAGUGAUCUUUGAGCAGCCAUUAGUGAGAAGUCAUGCUCUCUGCCACUCCCUUGUAUGGAGCCCUGCCAAACUGGACGAGCAGUGAGAGGGUUCACAUUGCUGGUAUUAAUGAAGCCAGGAAGGUACCUGCAAGUGAUGGUGAACCUCAGAAAAAACUGGUGGAACUGAGAGACGGAACUCACCUCAUACACGGCAUGGUGGACGCUGGUGCAGCCGCUAGGAUGAAUUCGCUGGUGACGCUCGGCAUGGACCGUAACGGGCUGCUGAGGGACGGACUGCGGGUCCACGGCGGGAUGGUUUACCCCAGCAUCCAGGCGCUGUCGGCCGACAAGGCCAGGGAGGGCGCCGUGGCGGUGGCCCUGGGCUACGACCACAUCCCGGAGCUGCACUACAAGCACGACAUGUCGCUGGACAACAGGAAGCCCAGCAACGGCUAUGUGGGGCUGUAUAAGAACCCCCCUCCCGGGCUGCCCAGGGGGGACUCCCUGGGGCUGGACCGGCGGGUGGGCCCCGCUGAGAAGCAUUCGGACCUGGGCCUGAACGGCGGCAGCGCAUACCUGCGUCUGCCGUGGGUGAGCCCUUACCCCGAGGCGGGGAUGUACUCCUACCUGGACAAAUACGCCCUGUACAAGGCCUCCUUCCUGUCCCAGCCCACCCCACAGUACCUGCCCCAGCACCUGGCCUACCAGUCCCUGUGCGCCGGGGCAGGAGGGGCCAGCGCGGAGCGCCUCUUCUACAUGCCGCCCUACCCGCCCGCCCCCAUCUCAUCCCCGCUGGCGCCACCCUUGAGGAUCCCCACGGCGACGGUCGCCCCGGCAGCGCUGUCGCCAUUGGUGCACUGCCAGGAUAAGGGCAUGCAGAGCCUGGGGCCCCGUAUCCACCACGAGCCCCCCUCCCCGGCGUCCGCUUUCGGCCAGCAACUGCACCACCAAACACACGUCGAGCGCUCUCACGCCGAACGACCCCACGGCAACCGCUCACAUGCUGAGCGCCCCUACGCCGAUCGUUCCCAAGGUGAGCGACCCCAUGGCGAGAGGCCCCACAGCGAUCGUUCCCAUGGUGAUCGUUGUCAUGGCGAGAGGUCCCACAGCGAUCGUUCCCAUGGGGAGAGGCCCUAUGGUGAUCGUUCCCAUGGUGAGAGGCCCCACAGCGAUCGUUCCAUUGGGGACAGGCCCCACAGCGAUCGUUCCAUUGGGGACAGGCCCCACAGCGAUCGUGCCCACGGGGAGAGGCCCCACAGCGAUCGGUCCCAUGGGGACAGGCCCCACAGUGAUCGUGCCCAUGGGGAGAGGUCCCACGGCGAUCGUUCCCAUAGCGAACGGUCACACAGCAGCACUAAGUCUGGACGUAACCCCAGCAGUGGCAGCAGCCUUCCACCAGACUCAACCCCUUCCCUGCUGAUGCCAUCCCCCCGCACCCCUGUGCGCCUGUCCCAGCCCCCAGCCUUGCCCCCCUCUCUCAGCGACAGCACUUUGGACUUCCAGAAGCCCCUCCACAGAGUUCUCCCCCCAUCCUCAUCCUCCUCCUCCUCCCCACUGAUGUCCCACCCUUUCUACAUGAAUACUGUGGUGGGCGUGGCCCCGGAACACACCAUCCCCCCCCCAGCCCCGGCCUCAGCAAUGGAAGCCAGCCACCAGCCCAGAUCCAGGGAGGGAAGCUCAGAACGCAGAGGAAGUAGUGGAAACAGCACUGACAGGAAGUCUAGUAAGUCUCCCUUAGAGAGGCCAACAACAGACAAGCCCCUGGAUCUGUCUGCCAAACUUGGGGACUUUGGGGCCCCUCCCAAUGGAUUUCCCCACAAACUGGAGGUCCUGGCAAAACUGAGCGGCCACUCCCCGACCGCCCGAUAUGGCUUGCCUCCCAGCAGAGAACUUCUGAAGGAAACACUUUCCUCCUCCGUCUCUAACACCAACACGUCCCCUUUGACGGUUAGCACUUCAUCCAAACCCCUGGACAGGCCCGAAAUCAUCAGCACUGUGCACUCUGCGUGGGUCGUGCCCAGCCCUGGCCCCGCCCAAAACCCGGCCCACAGUGCGGAGGCCAACCAGACUCAAGCUCCCCCUCCAACUGUCAUCAAAAAUAGGAAACUGGAGCAAGUGGCCACCCAGCAGCGCAGCUCAUCCUGCCCCAGGAUUGGGGAGCCUAAUGGAGGCCAAUCCUCUGCUAAUCCCCCACCCACCGGGGUCAUAACCCCCACAGGACGCCCAGCCUCUGCAUCCCCCUCCCCCAACAUGAACAGCGAAUGGCCCAAGCCUGCUUCUGCCCAUCCUGAGAAGGCACACACGCCCAACCAGCCCUCCUCAGGCAAGCCCCCGAAACCCAGCCAAAGACCUGAGGUCCCGGAGCUUGCCUACAAGUCCCAGCAUCCCUCUCACCUGGAGAACGGACAUGGCUCAAGCCACCUCUACCUACCCCAGAAUGAAGCCUUCUUGCCCUCAACCUUAGCUUAUGGCAAUAGGUACAUUUCCUACUCAGUUCCGGAUGGCAUGGCCCUUCCUCACCUGCCCCUCCCUGCGAAGGGUCCCGUGUACCCCCACCCUGUUUUGCUGGGGAGCAACAGCCUGUACCCUGCUCACUUGGCGGCCCCAAAACCCGGGCUUCCCUAUGGGCUCCCCCCCGCCCACGGCGAGUUCCUGACCUACCACGACUCACAGGAGAUGGUGCACCCACUAAUGUCCUCUCACCUCACCCUCGACCCUAAGACCGCCGAGCGGCCGGAGCGGAGGGCCAGGCCCCAGGACAAACCGCGGCGCGGGACAGAGCCCGCCGACGUGCCCCAAAAGGCCGAGAGGGCCGCGUCGAAGCCUCGGCCCCCCAGCCCGAAGCUGCAGGCCAAGCACCCGCCCCAGUCUCCGAUCGCACAGAGGGACAGGCCCGCGGGUUGCAUUGUGGACCGGGUCCGAGACAACACUAAAGCAGCACUCGCCUACGGCGAGGUGGACAGAGCCCCUCUCCUCAGUGACAGGACUGAGGGUAACGAGGGGGCAGAGCUGGAGGAGCAGGGCGUCCCGUUGCCCCCCGCUGGAGCUCGGCAGCCUCACCUCUCCCCCUCCAGGCCCGUCCCCUGCUCCCCGGACCGCGGCGUGCCCCCCGACCGGACUCUGCGCUGUGCCCGCACCUCGGGAGACAGGAGUGGCGAGGCACAGGCCCAAGGCAUGCAGCGCUUUUUGGAAACUGGCAGGGAGGACGCCCCGGCUGACCGGGACUCCCAGGAGGAAGAAGAGGAUGAAGACGACGACGAUGAUGAUGAUGACGGCAGUCAUGGGUCCUCCAGGACGCGGAAGUCUAGUCUUGCCAAGAGGAUUGCCAACUCAUCUGGCUACGUCGGCGACCGCUUCAAGUACGUCACCACUGAACUGUUUGCCGAAUCCAGCAAGCUGAGUCGUGAACAGCGCGCCCUGCAGAUGGAAGGCUUAACACAAGAGGACAGUAAUAUAAGUCAACCUGCCCCUAACCGUGAGCGGGCCAUGAUGCGCUUCUCCGAGCUGGAGCAGAAGGAGAAGGAGGGGGGCGGCGGGCCGGCCCGGGAGCUGGCGGACGGCCAGCGGACCGUGGAGGGCGAGUGGGAGGGCUGCCCGCACAUCGCCAGGCUCCGAGGCGUCGCCCUCGGAGACGAGGCGGAGAGGAAUGGAGUGUGGGUGCCCCCGCCCAGCGGCCGUACGGGGGGAACAGGGUGCCCGUCCUGCAGCGGUGCGGGGUCCUACGGGAGCUCAGAGACCAGGCCAGGCCCACACAGGAUGAGGCGGGGCCUGGAGGGGCGGCGGACAGGAAGCGCCCGCACUCUCACCAGCUCCAGGAGAAUGGGGAACGGGGGUCGGAAAAGCAAAGUCUGUGACUUCAGGUUUUCCGCUCUGCACCAGUCGUGUUUUGCCGGAGGUGUUGAGGGAAUUUCUGUGUUGGAGGAGGUCUGGCCUGAGGGGGACUCUCUCCCCCCUCCGAAGCGCCUCCUGGAGGAGGUGAAGAACCUGAAGGUGUGCAUCGAGCUGACGGGACUGAGCCUGCGCAAGCCCUCGCACCCCUUCCAGGACCUGUGGGCGGACGGCAGCCCCGCCCCUUCCCCGGGGUCCCCGGCCCCGCCCUCCAGGAAGAGGCCGGAGACGUGCCGUAGCAGAGACGCCGAGCAAGGUCUGCCCGCGCUCAGAGAGGAGGCUCCGCCCACGGCCCCGCUCCCUGCCCCGCCCGCGCACGAGAAGAGGAAGAGGCUGAUUGAGCAGCACAGGGGCGGGCUGUUAGCGGUGACCUCACCGGAAGAGGUGGGGCCAGGCCGGGACUCCGCCCCCCGGCUGCGUCGUCACGGUGACCUGGAGAAGCCCAAGGGCAAGCGGCAGUGCAAGACCAAACACAUCCUGAGAGACCGCCCCCAAACGACCCCCACGGACGAGGGCCCUGACCCACAGCCCGAGGCCCUGCAGGAGGCCCCAGAACAGCCUGUGCUCAGGGGGCCGGCUUCGCCCUCGGAUUACGCCUCCUCCCCCGCCAAGCCCUGCCCCCCCGCGCUGAGCCCGGCCGCCCCCCACACCCCCAUGCAGAAGCCCAGCCCCCGCAGACACGCCCGCCAGCGGCCCAUCCCGCCCGAGGCGCGCCGGCUCAUCGUCAACAAGAACGCCGGGGAGACGCUGCUGCAGAGGGCCGCCCGCCUGGGCUACGAGGAAGUGGUGCUGUACUGUCUGGAAAACAAGGUGUGUGACGUGAAUCACCGUGACAACGCCGGGUACUGCGCGCUGCAUGAGGCCUGCGCCCGGGGCUGGCUGCCCAUCGCACAGCACCUCAUCCAGCACGGAGCUGACAUCAACUGCAGCGCCCAGGACGGAACCAGGCCCCUCCACGACGCGGUGGAGAACGACCACCUGGAUGUGGUGCGGCUGCUCCUGUCCUACGGGGCCGACCCCACCCUGGCCACCUACUCCGGCCGCGGCCUGCUGAAGAUGACGCACAGCGACCUGAUGGAGUCCUUCCUGUCAGAGUACUUCGCCGACCUGCGGGGGCGUGCGGACGAUGACCCCCGGGUGUGCUGGGAGUUCUACGGCAGCUCCGUGUGUGAGCCCAGCGACGAUCCCACAGCCUUCGACAUCCUGGCCAACCCCCCCGGGCCCGGUCCGGACCCGGACGAGCAGAGGGAGGUGUUCGAGUUCGAGUUCUCCGACCGCCCGCUCCUGCCCUGCUACAACAUCCAGGUGUCCCUCUCCCAAGGGCCCCGGAACUGGCUGCUGCUGUCGGACGUGCUGAAGAGGCUCCGCAUGUCUCCGGCGGCCUUCCGGGCGGCGUUCCCGCACAUCGACGUGGUGACCGUCGCCGAGGCGGAGUUCUACAGGCAGGCCUCGCUCAGCCAGCUCUUCUCCUGCCCGGAGGAGCUGGACGGCUUCGCGGCGGACAGCAAGGAGCUCCUGGACCUGGUGGAGAUCAGCGCCGAGCUGGCCACGCGGCUGGGCUCCUCCCUCGAGUGCCUGGACAAUCACUGGGACUCCAUCGCCAUGGAGAGGUCGUGACACCCCCCCCUCUUUUCCCAAACCCUGGACACGCACAGUUUGUACAUAGUGUAAGAUUCCGGAAAGCGCCGUGGACCCAGGGGAGCGUCAACGCCAGCGGCCCAGCUCUUCCAGCGUGUACGAAAACACAAAUGAGGAAGACGUGUCCAGUACCAUUCAGAAGGAGACCCUUAAUUUAACAAUUCUUAUUUUUAUAAAUAUAUAAAUAUAUAUAUAUAUAUAUAUAACUAUAUAAUAAAUAUAUUUCUUUUUCGAUUAGUUGGUUUUAUUUUCUAUACACUGCCUUCCCUCCCCUUUAGAAAAGAAAAAAAGUUCCCUAGUGCUAUUUCUUGGGCUGAGAAGCCAUUUUGAAUGGAGAGGCCCGGCUGGGGUUACUAACGGUCAUGUGGGACGACAGUGGGAGAGACUUUUAUAUUGUUUAUUAUAAUUUAUGCAGUGCACUUCUUCGUUGGUUUACAGACUUGCCUGCCUUAGUCAGGUGAAUGAACAUGGUUUGAACGCUAGUUAUUUUUAAAUAUGGAGUUCGUAUUCGUAGGAAGCAGACAUCCAUCUGUGUAAUUUCUCCAUAUGCAGCUCCUCCUUCAGGGGCACUUUUUUUGUAUCUGUGUUCAAACUAGCUUUUUUUUUCUCCGUUUAUCUUUUAUUUAAGAUAAGAAUUUAAGAUAUUUUCAUGUGUCUUUUGUAAAGUAAUAAAGAAGUUUUAAUGAUAAAAUGAUAUAAGCUGUUUAACAGGAAACGUGCUUGAACUUGUAAAUAGCGGGGUGUCGAUUACAGUACUGUCUUACUGGUGUGUUUAUCGUUUUUGGAGACGUGUUUAAACUUUGUAAUUAAAAAUGCCCCAUUUGUAUUUAUAUUUUACAAAAAAGUUCCUUUAAAAUAAAUGGCAAUAAAAAGAGAAUCUCCAACA